UAUCAUUUCUUUCCUUUCCUUUCCUUUCCUUUCCUUUCCUUUUUACAUUAUUUUCUUUGCCAUUUUCAUGCACAGCUAGUCUCUCAGUCUCUUUGCUAGUCACUCUCUCACUGAAAAAUCAAUCAACUACUUCUCUCACUAAAAAUACACUCCCACUGCCUCUGUGAAGAAGAUCAACAAGCGGAGCUGCGUAAGGGAAGAGUUAGUAAAGAAGAUCAAAAAGCGGAAGGGAAAAGGGUUUGUUUUUGCCACUGCAUUUAGGAAGUAUGUACUCAAAGUCACCUCCCAACAGAAUGAAGAGGCCCCAUGAAGCGUCAGGCAUGGUGGAGAGACCACAAAAGAGUCGGCCUGUAGUGGUUGCCGAUGAUGGUGCGGUUGAAGAUGAGGUAUCCUUAAUGACACCCCCCGUGAAGUUGAACAAGAGACCCCGUGAAGAGACACCAAGAAAAAGUUUAUUUGGGGUUGUUCGUGUCAAAGAUGAGGGUUUUGAAAAGAAAAAUGUAUUCAGGUUUCGUGUACUACUGCCAAAUGGCACUGCUGUGGAGCUCAAAAUGAGUGAGCUGCGCAAUGAGAUACGAAUUGAGGAUUUCAUAGAUAUGGUCGAGAAAGAAUAUUCUCUUCUAGUGAACCAGAAGACGUCUUUGGGACAAAAGAGAGAAAUAAAUUGGCAGUACCAGGACCUACAUUUCACAGAUGUAAAGGACAAUAAGAUACGAAUCAAACUUGAUUUUAGCAAAUUCUCUCCCAACACCUGGCACUUGCUCGUGCUUCAUGAUGGAUCCCUACAGCCUGAUGAAUAUGAGGACAUGUGGGAUCUUACUCCCGAUACUGAUUUGCUAAAGGAGUUACCAGAUGAUUAUACAUGUGAAACUGCUCUGGCAGACCUCAUUGAUAAUUCCUUACAAGCUUUAUGGUCCAAUGGUGCAGGAGAAGCACGAUUAAUUAGUUUGGAAAUGGAGCCUGGUAAAAUAUCCAUUUUUGACUCAGGUCCUGGAAUGGAUGGGGCCAAUGGGAACAUAGUCAAGUGGGGCAAAAUGGGAGCAUCUCUUCACCGCUCGGUGAGGGAAAAAGCAAUAGGGUGUGAACCUCCAUAUCUAAUGCCUUUCUUUGGAAUGUUUGGCUAUGGUGGUCCUGUUGCGACAAUGUGUUUGGGAAGGCGAGCUGUUGUUUCUUCAAAGACAAAAGGAAGUAACAAAGUGUAUACAUUACACAUGGAAAGAGAUGCACUAGUGAGUGCUUCCCACACAGAAAACUGCUGGAAGACCAAAGGAGGUGUUAGAGAUCCUUUGAAAGAUGAAGAGGAAAAGAGUCCGCAUGGAAGCUUUACCAAAGUUGAAAUUUUUGAUCCCAAAUCUAAAGUGAAGAAUCUGUACAUAAGGCAUUUGCGACGCAAAUUGAAGGACAUAUAUUUUCCCUACGUCCAGUGUGAUGAAAUGUCAGGAAAGACAAGCAGACCCAUUGUAUUUCAGGUCAAUGGGAUAGAUUUAGUUGGAAUACAAGGUGGAGAAGUUGCCAUAACAAACACGCAUUCAUGUAAUGGCCCUAAUUUUGUUGUGCAACUUAAGUUGUGGAUCACUCUGUGUUCUUCUUCAAUGUCUGGUCAAAAUCAAAGAGUGUCUGCAACAGCGAAUGCAAGUCUGAAAUUUGUUUACUUUCCCAUAGUUAAGGGCACAGAGAACAUUCAGAGGAUACUUGAUAAGUUAAAUGAAGAUAAUUGUGAAAUCAAAGAGAGCUUUGAAAGCUUUAGUCGUGUAUCUGUUAGAAGGCUGGGGCGUCUCCUGCCAGAAACUCGAUGGGGUUUGCUUCCUUUUAUGGAGCUGAAACAGAAAAAAGGUGAAAAAGCUCAGAGUCUAAAGAGACACUACUCCAGAGUGAAAUGCUUCGUAGAUACUGAUGCUGGCUUCAAUCCAACGCCACAUAAGACAGAUUUAGCCCACCAACAUCCAUACACCAAGGCUCUAAAGAACUUUGGCAAUGUAUCACUCGGAGAUGAAAAAGAGGUGCAAGUCGAAAUCUCCAAAGAUGGAAAGAAACUGACUCUCGCUCAGCUAGAAAAGUUAUAUCAUGAGUGGAUUGCAGAAAUGCAUGAUCGUUAUGAUGAGGAGGAUACUGAUUGUGGCUUGGAUGAACCCAUUAUUGUUAUCGUUUCUUCAAAGGUUAAAAAGCUCGACCUAACUUCCGGUGUGCUGAGGGUUCAUAAAAAGAUCCAGAGGAAAGAAAGAGUUUGGGAAGCUGGUAUGAACAUCAAAGUUUUAAAGGGAGCAUGCGCCGGAUGUCAUAAGAACAAUGUAUAUGCUACACUGGAGUAUAUAAUCCUGGAAGGGCUUAAAGAGGAUGCUUCUGGUGAGGCUCGACUAAUUUGCAGGCCACUUGGUGUUCCAGAAAAAAGAGGUUGCUGCCUUUUGGUUGAAGAGGGUAACAAAACUAUUGCCAUUAAUGACUCUUGUCUGUUUCCACUGAGAAUAAUUGAUUCUGAACAGUGCUUACCAGUUGAUGACAUUGAAUGGGGAACAAGGCUUCAGACAUUCAAUCAGAAAUUGCCUGCCUCCAUCGAUUUAUUAAGUCUGACCGAUUGCCAAGAAUUGGAGAUUGAUGGGGACCAUGGGGUAUUACCUAUUUCACUAGAAGCUGGAGAUCGUCUUCCAGAAAAGAUUAUCGCUGUCAUUCGUCCGAAGUCUUUUCAUAAUGGAAACAGUUCUACUUCUAAGAGAUUGCACCAAAAGUCUAUUGUUAGAGAUAAUCAUGAGAUGGUUCUUAAUGUCAGACGUAAAGCUAGUGAUGGAAAUUUUCAGCAUGUUUUUUCUGGGAGGUGUUCAGCUUCAUCACUUAAGGAGCUUCAUGGUUUAUAUAUUUUUUCAUUGAGCACAAAACAACUCCCAUUGCUUGAGGAGCCUGGCAUCGUUAUCUUUUCAUUCUCACUGAUAGAAUUCAAGAAUAUUGAACUUGAACAUAAGGUGCAAGUUCGAGCGUCAGCUGGAGUAGGCAGAUGGGAACUCUUAAAUCAUGAUAAAAAUGAAUCGUACACAGUCAGGGUGGGUUCCUGUUUCAGACCUAUCUCUAUAGCAUGCUAUGAUGGAUACCAGAAACGCAUCAGAUUUAAAAGUGUUCCAAAACUGGUUAUCAAGCUUAAUUCAAGUGGCAGAACUAUUGGUCAAGUACACCAUGAGAAAAUGGAGAUUACACUGGACAAGUUAACUAUGAAAAUAAAGGAUAUUUUCAUUAAAAGCAGUGAAUUAGAUGAUAUCCGGCCAAAUUAUGAAGCCACAUUAUGCAUAAGCACACCAGAUGAAGCAUUUUCAGUAGCUUUACCAUGUCAAGUUAUACCUUCAGCUCUGAAAAAGGUCACUGUGUAUCCGACUGAACUGCGAAAACAGUUACUUCCUGGCCAGACUAUCGAGGAACUUGCAUUAGAGGUGUUUGAUGAAUAUGGCAACCAUCUAAAAGAAAAUGAAAUUAUUUUGCUAAGAUUAGAUGGGUUAUCCAUUCAAGAUGGAAGUGGAGUCACCUGUGGUGUUAUUACAGAGAGUAAAAAGAAGGUCUACUCACUGGUUUCAAAGGUGGAUGCUAAUGGCCGAGUUGAUCUGAGCAAUCUUCUUAAAGUUUCCAGGGGGUAUGGCAAAAGAGUUAUGCUUCGUGUAAUGUCCAAAGACGAAGUCGUUUUCAAGCUGCAGUUUCAGACAGAAAUGAGAGAGCUAAGAGCUGAGCAAAAGGUUUUCAUGAACUGUGAAGCAGGUUCCCUGUUAAAGAAUGUCACAUUUGAGAUUAUUGAUUCAGAAGGAGAGGUUGAUGAAAGAAUCCAUGAUGAAGAUAAACAUGGGCAGUCUCAUACUCUGGCAAUCAAGUGCAAGUCAUUUCGUGAUGCUGAAUCUGUGAAAUGCAGGUUCCGCUAUGGACGUUGCACUGUUCCUUCUAUUCCUCUCGCUCAUACAGAAGGAGUUGUUUUCUUUGAAGCUAUGCAUUCUCGUUAUCCGGAACUAAAAUGUGUUAUAAAGGUUUAUGUUGAGAAGCCCCGACAACAGCAUUGUGAUAGUGUGACAAAUUAUGAGGAUGUAGGGAAUCCCAUGCAUCAGCCCAAAUGUUUGUCUGAAAAUGAACCAAUCACUCAAAGUAGAAAUUCAGAUGUACUGCAGAAUAAAAUGGCAGCUCAAGUGUCUAAUUCUGCAUUGAUUGCCCAAAAGGUUCAUCAUGAGAAGCAGCAGAAAGAGAAACUUGGCAGCACCAUGAAUCAAAGGAACCUCCCUGUCUCACCUUCCCCAAGGUCAUCUGAACACCAAAGGAACCUCCCUGUCUCACCUUCCUCGAACGUAUCACAAGGGAUGAACAAGACCAUUUCUCCGCAUUGUUCAGGGAAUACCAUACUAGCAACACCAAGUUCAUCUAAACGCAAACAGAUCCUCCCAAUCUCACCUUCCUCGAGGGUAUCACAAGAGAUGAACCAGACCUUUACUCCGCUUAGUUCAGGGAAUCCCGUAUUGUCAACCCCAAGAUCACCUGAACAAGGACUCCUGCCGGUCUCACCUUCCUUGAAAGCAUCACAAGGGAUGAACAAGACCAUUUCUUCGCAUAGUUCAGGGAAUCCCAUGCCAUCAACACCAAGUUCAUCUGAACACAAACAGAUCCUCCCAAUCUCACCUUCCUCAAGGGUGUCACAAGAGAUGAACCGGACCUUUACUCCACCUAGUUCAGGGAAUCCCGUAUUAUCCACCCCAAGAUCACCUGAACAAGGACUCCUGCCGGUCUCACCUUCCUUGAACAAGACCUUGUGUCUGCAUAGUUCAAAGGGAUUUUUAUCGCCCAUCAGUGAUUCUUCUGCUUUAAAGACUCCGAAAUCAGAGCAUACACCUGCUCUGGGUGGAACUUCAGUUAUAUUGUGUAGUAAGGAAAAUCCUUCGGAGCAGGAGCUAGAGGAUGAUCUUACAAACAGUGCAAAGCAAGCGUCAAGUCAUGAGAGGAACUUAGGAGAUUAUUCAGUCCAGUCUGUUACAAAUCCAGAUAGAAAUAUCGCAAUUACAAGCUUUGAUAGAUUCUAACCUGGUAAUAAUGUCCUACACGCGACCCUGGAACAAAUACAAAGCCAAAGUCAGUCAGCAGCUUCUGUAAUCUGCAAAAUGCCUGAAGAAGAACUAACUCGCCAGGGCAUUGUGGGCGUUGCGUCACUUCUAGGAACAGUUGAAAGCAUCGAGCUCAGCAGGAUGCUGGCACAAUAUCUCGGUGAGGAUCAAAUGCUUGCAAUUGCUUGCAGAAACUAUGCUGCAGCACAAUCUCUAGAUGUCAACAUCCUUCACAAGUUCGCCGGCUACAAUGCUUUUUGCCUUGAGGACAUCAGGCCAAGAUCCAAGGAGCCAAGCACAGAUCCCCAAGAUCCCACCUUGCGAGAUGGCAACGUCCCUCACGGUUUUCUGGGCUAUGCUGUCAACUUGAUAAGCAUAGCUCCAAGCCAUAUACGUUGGAGAACCACGAGUGGUCAUGGCCUCCGAGAAACAUUAUUCUAUCGCCUUUUUGGUGAGCUUCAAGUCUACAAAGACAGGGAUUGCAUGAUGGCAGCUCAAUCUUGCAUCCAGACCGGAGCUGUCUCAUUAGAUGGAGUUAUUCUCAGAGGGAAUGGACUCAUCUCUCUAGGUCUUCGGGAACCAAAAAUCUUGUUUUCAGUGAUGAGAAGAUCUACGAGUCCAGAAGGCAAGUUGGCAGCAAAAGAGUUGGAGGUGGCCAAUAUGCAGCAGCGCAUGGUAGAGGAAGAAGAUGCGUUUCGGCGAUCCACACAGAAGUUUCUGAUCUGCAGAGACAAGUAUAAUAGAUACAUGUCUCAGAAAGGAGCAGAGUAGCUUCCUAUGGUCGCAUAUUCUUGUUAUAUUAUUACAUACCAACUGCAUUUUGUUUUUCGAUGCAUAAAUUAUGUAUAGGUAAGUUUCUACGUUACUUGAGCUUCAAAGUAAUGAUAAGAUGUAUAUUUUGAUCGAUCA